AUGAUGUCAACUAUAGUUAAUUCUAUUUCCAAGCGUAUUAAUGAUGACGAAGACAAUUGGGAUAGAUUUAUUCCGUUCAUUCAAUAUUCGUACAACAAUACCCCUUGUCUUGACAGUACUGAAUAUACACCAUUUUUUCUCACACAUGGACGAUAUCCUAGAUCCUUGCUUGAUAUAAGUUUUGACAAUUUCGAUUUGCCAGUGACUUGCCGUGAUUAUAUAAUUCGUUUAUUGGAAAAUCUGGACAAAUCACGAGAAGUAGCCGUAGAAAUUCUCAAGGAACGAAAACAACAAAUGGUGACAACAGCAAACAGAAAGACACAUGAACUACAGUUUGCUGUCGGUGAUAUCGUGUACAUAUAUCGGCCAGUUGUAACUCCAGGAAAGCAUCGAAAAUUCAUGCGACCGUGGAUUGGACCGUACUAUAUUACACAAAAACUUUCAGACAUUCAUGUUAAAAUCCGCCGUAAAUCAGAUGGAAAACUAGUGAAGAACCGUGUUCAUGUCAAUCGUUUGAAACAUGGGUUUUUGUGGCAUGAUAGGCCACAGGACCCUGAAGCUCCCCCAAAUGUAGAUGCCACUGAGCCCGCUAUUUUAGCUGAUGAAGAAAUUCCCCCUAAUUUUGUAGAUAAUACUGAAAUACCCCAGGGUGUGGAUAAUGUGUCUCAAAAUGGUGACCCUCAGAAUGAUAGUAUUUCUGAAAAAUUGUAUGAGGUAGAAAAAAUUUUAAGAAAGAAAUUUGUUGAUGGUAAAUGGUAUUACCGAGUGAAAUGGUUAGAUUUUGACUCUACGAAUAAUUCUUGGGUAGAGUACCAAGAUUUAAAUGAGAAAUGUAAAAAAUAUGUGAAUGACAUGCAUAAGAAAAUAUUAACUGAUCGUAGAAGUAAAAAGAAGAAUUAG